AUGGCUCCCGAAGACCAAGGAAAACAAUUUGUCUUCGUUGGCGGGCCUAUGCUGAUUGGGAAGUCCAAAGACGGGCUUCGAUCGAAACUCGCCCGAGAAGGGAUGCGCGAGAAGCGUCUGGAGGCACGGAAAAUUGCGAUGGCUGAAAUAAAUAGAUUACUCACAGCAACUACUACUACUACUACCACCAAAUGUAGCUGUCGCCGUGAGUCCAGAAUUGACGGGCCGGCUGUUCGCUGCUCGUUCUGUAGCAGGAGGAAUAUUCGCCCCUACUACUACCCCUGGUUCACCGGCGACGGCGACAGCAGCUCGGUAUACGACCUAGCCUCUGGACUUCUAGAUCCCAUGAUGCCUAUUAACGAAUUGACUUCUCGGCUUAAGGUGGGGUCGAUCUUUAGUUUUGCCUGUAGGCACAUCUUUCCGAACCUGCGUUCGUUGGAUAUGGCUGGCAUUUAUCAAACGUGGGCCUUUCCCUUCGACGACGAUGAGCUGAAGUUAUACGCCUUCCUCUGGUCUAGCAAAUACCAUGAGAAUUUGAUACGUCUAACGUACGGAGCACCGGAGGAUCCAGCAGCACUAAAGGAGGAACUCAUCCUCAAGGGGCUCACGUUAAGAGCAUUACGGAAGGAAGUUGGCAACUAUACAGGACAGAAGCCCAUCGAUAGCAUCAUUAGGUGCAUGCUUGUCCUCGCCGUUAACGAAAAGGACAGCGAACGGAUAUACAGGGAGCCGAGUCCAUUUGCGCCCGUGUUCACGGGGCUUCACGGUCUCGAAGUUUACGGUGGCCGUGAUUUCAGUCCUCUCCAUUGGAUGGUAAUGUACAAGCUGCUUCAAAAGCAAGGGGGGAUCAAGAAACUUCGCCUUUUUGCGCUGGCGUGGCACGUCUCUGCCUCUGAUCUCACGAAUGCAGCGCAUACCCUCCGAAAACCACUCUAUCCCAUAGUCGAUGUUUACGGGCAGAAGCUGGACUUGGAUCCUCCUCUUUUACUAUUUGCACCAUACGGAUGUGGUCAUUCUUGGGGUCAGCGGAAAACACCGGGAUCUGGCUUCAACGAACUCCUUUUUAUGGAGCAACCGGUGCACGGUGAGCUUGUAAUAGUAUUCUGUCACAUUGGCGAGCUGUCCUAUGUCAUUGAUCACAUGUCAACACAGUCAUGUGACGCUCAACUGCUUGAUCUCCUUGGCGACAGCCGAGAUCUCGUUCACCACCGACUCUUCUCCCAACCAAAUGAGGACGACACAUCCGAUAAAAUCCUGCAGCGGCUCGACAAUGGUCCAUCAAUCGGCGACACACACAAAGGAUGUUUGGAGCUGUACCUGACCUGUCGCCUUGCAAUGCUCUUAUACUCCGCCCACGUUACAUUCCCAGUUCCCCGGUCAAUAGCUGUGAGACAGCGGCUGCUCCGUUCACUGUGCCCUAAGCUUCAGUCUUUCGCAGUUCAAGGCUUUUCAAGCCCAUUGCUCUUGUGGUGUACAAGCGUGGCACUUAUCGCGGCCUAUGGAACAGAACAUUUUGAUGAGGUUCUCUUGCUAUUUAAGAAGCUCUGCUGCGCCUUGCAGGUGAUGAGUCUGGAGAAGUUGCUGGAAAUCCUCUGUUCGUUUGCCUGGGUGCACGCCACAGUCCAGCAUCAUUAUCCGAAAAUGAAAGGAUAUUUUCUGGCGAAUUAUGAAGAUACUUGA